CGCGGGGGGGGGGGGCACAGGGUCGGCGGUUGCUAAGGGGAGGGGGUUGUGGCAAGGCGAGGACAGGCAAGGGACCUGAAGGAGAGGUGGAGGCGGCCUUGGAGUCCGGCAGAAAAGGCUGGGGACGGCGGCGGCUCGCUGUAGACUCGAGGGUGGCCUUGCCACCGGCUGCGUUGUCUCUGUCUGCCAUGGGUGAAGUGCCCGAAGAUUGGAUUUCAGUUUGAAGGACUGCUCCAGUGAUUACAGAUGGCUGUACCACAGCAGGCUGCGAGUUCUGGCCUAGAGGCGCAGCAAACCCUCCUGGCCACAGUCAGUGGAAAUGUACAGAAAUAUUCAGUCAAGAAGAAGAAGAUCCUCAGUGCAGAAGAGCUAGAAUUGUAUGAGCUCACACAAGCUGCUGGUAUUGUCAUGGACCAGGAAGUCUUUAAGAUUAUUGUGGAUCUGUUGAAGAUGAACGUGGCUCCAUUGGCAGUUUUCCAGAUGCUGAAAGCCAUGUGCGCAGGACACCGAAUUGCAGAGAUGUCCUCGACUGAGACACCAUGCACAACAACACAAAGCAACAUUGCAGACUCUAGAGAUAAUCAAAAGUUCAAAUCUGAGCAUUCGUUUAUCUCCGCAAAGAACAGUAAAAUCCCAGCACUGUCCUUUUCCUCUGCCCUUCGAUCUCCGAGACUAGCCACUAAGAUUGUGGUCUACAACCCUGCUGAUGCUUGCUCACCUCUCUCUCAAGGUCCCCCUGGUUCCUUCCAGUUUUCUUGCUGCCUGUUCUCGCCCUUCUCAGUGAGAAAUAAGUCCAGUACUGCCAUCAGUGGUACACAGACACAGAUGGAGCGAAGCACCAGCCGUGAAGGAUCUAGCCAGCGGGUGCCACGACAGCCUAGUGCAACCAGAGUCCCUAAAGGUAGUGGUACUGGGAAAACCACUGGAAGUGGCAGCAGCUCGCAAACAACAUCCAGUCAGUAGUCUGAAGAGUGUUUACCAUCUGAUAUAAAAAUGACUGCAUUAUUGGGCAGAUGAUGUUUAAAAUGGGGUCCAUGUCCGGUUUUUUUUUGUCUUAUUUUUCUCAUCUGUUUAUUAUUUUUGUAGCAAGUGAAAUUAACUACCACUGGACUUUUGAGAUCCCAUCAGAUGUUUUCUGUUGAUGCAAAUUUAUAGGAGUGUAACUUGGUUCUGUCAUUAUACAGGAUUGUAACCUUUCUCACUACAUGUGUGAUCUAGUAAUUCUGCUUUAUUUUCGUUCAUAUUCUAUAGUUUGCAAAAACACAUCAUUAAAAUGUACUGCUAGAAUUGAAACAGAUGCUGGCCAGUAUUGAAGUGGGUCACUUCCUGUGCAAAUCACUUUCUUGGCAUAACUCACCAGAUAAAACUAGACACAUAAGUAGAGAAUAAAUUUUCUACUUUACCCUGGACAUUAAUACUACCUUCCAAUAAGUUUGGAAGUAACAUUGAAGCAAGUACUGUCGACUAUUCAGCUCUUAAAGCGUGGUCUGCCGUUCAGUUAAAUGGUGGCUACUUUGAAGAUACUCAUACAAUUUUAAAUGACAAGCAAUAGGGAGUGAGCACCAAAAUCAUCAUAGAAUUCCUACAAUGUGGAAGCAGGCCAUUUGGCCCAUUAAGUCCACACCAACCCUCCCAAACAGCAUCCCACUCAGAUCCACCUCUUCACAUUAUCCCUGUAACCCUGAAUUUUCCACGCCUAAUCUGCCUAUCCUUCUCAUCCCUGGACACUGGUGCAAUUUAGCAUAGCCAAGCCACCUAACUGCCUAAUCUGCACAUCGUUAGACUGUCCGAAGAAACUGGAGCACCUGAAGGAAAUCCACACAGACAAGUGGACAAUGUGCGGGCCUUACAUGGGGACCCUGGUGCUGUAAGACAGCAGGGCUAACCACUGAGACCCAUGUUGCCCCAUGUGCAAUUAGUUACAAAGCUCUUGGAUCUGAAUGCUGAACAGCUAAAGCUGAACCUUAAUCUUUCAUGUUUUCCAAAACAUCCUUCUGUUAGCAUAAAAAUUCAAAGAUUCACCAAUGAGCGCACAUUCUUUUUAAAUUGAUAACUGCAACCCUGCUGCACCUCCACUGCUACCAAUCAAAGGUUGAUCAUGACAUCCUAAACAGAUUGGCAGAUCUCAAGCUACUUGGUGUAAUCAGUUACCUGUUGAUGUGUAGUUGAAGCAGUGCUCAUUAUGUAUAAUGUAUUUGUAUAUGUGUCUUUGAAAGGGAUAAAUGCU